UCCUCGCCAUAACCUCCUUGCUCCACGCCUCUACCAUCUCAUUUUCUCUCACUCAGCUAAACUAUUUGUUCUUGGCUGAACUCGGCCCUAAACUGAACUCCGCCGAAAGCAGCCAUGGCUUCCACAUCCCACCUCCUUCUCACCUCAUCCACUUCUUCCUUCCAUGGCGCCUCAAUCCAUCCUAGAUUCCCCUCCCUCCCUCUCCCUCUCUCCCUCCUCCCCCGUCGUCCAAACCCCUCCUUUCGAGCCCAUCUCCCUACCCCUCUGAAGCCCCUCCGUUUAUCGUUAAAACCAUGCACCGCCGCCGCCACCAUCCUCCUGUCCGCCCUCGCUCCAGUAGCCCUCGCCGCCAACGACUUCUCCCCGCUUACCGCUCUCCCCCCUUCCUCAUCUGCUCCUAUCCAGAUCGAAUCCACCGCAAACCCUGCCCCCUCUACACCAAACCCCUUCUCUCAAUCCCUCCUCACUGCUCCAAAACCACAGUCCACCGAUCUCCCAGAAUCGUCCCAAUGGCGCUACAGCGAAUUCCUCAGCGCCGUUAAGAAGGGAAAGGUUGAGCGCGUCCGCUUCAGCAAAGACGGAGGCGUUCUCCAGCUCACGGCAGUCGACGGUCGCCGCGCCACCGUCAUCGUCCCCAACGACCCUGACCUAAUCGACAUCCUCGCCAUGAAUGGCGUCGACAUCUCCGUCUCGGAAGGAGAGGGAGGCAACGGUCUCUUCAAUAUCAUCGGUAACCUGCUAUUCCCCUUCCUUGCCUUCGCUGGUCUCUUCCUCCUCUUCCGCCGCGCACAAGGCGGGCCUGGCGGCGGCCCUGGCGGGCUCGGUGGGCCUAUGGACUUCGGCAGGUCCAAGUCAAAGUUCCAAGAGGUUCCUGAAACCGGAGUUACCUUCGGGGACGUUGCAGGCGCCGACCAAGCCAAGCUUGAGCUUCAGGAAGUCGUCGACUUUUUGAAGAAUCCUGAUAAGUACACAGCUCUUGGUGCUAAGAUUCCCAAAGGUUGCCUUUUGGUCGGGCCACCGGGAACCGGGAAGACACUGCUAGCCAGAGCGGUUGCCGGCGAGGCCGGUGUGCCGUUCUUUUCGUGUGCUGCUUCAGAGUUUGUGGAACUUUUUGUUGGAGUUGGAGCUUCGAGGGUGAGGGAUUUGUUUGAGAAGGCAAAGGCGAAAGCUCCUUGUAUUGUUUUUAUUGAUGAGAUUGAUGCAGUUGGAAGGCAGAGAGGGGCUGGGCUUGGUGGUGGGAAUGACGAGAGAGAGCAGACUAUUAAUCAGCUCUUGACUGAGAUGGAUGGGUUUUCGGGGAACAGUGGGGUGAUUGUUCUUGCUGCUACUAACAGGCCUGAUGUUCUUGAUGCUGCUUUGUUGAGGCCAGGAAGAUUUGAUAGGCAGGUUACCGUUGAUAGACCCGAUGUUGCUGGUAGAGUAAAGAUCUUGCAGGUGCACUCAAGAGGAAAAGCACUCGCUAAAGAUGUUGACUUCGAGAAAAUUGCUAGAAGAACACCUGGUUUCACAGGAGCAGACUUGCAGAACCUGAUGAAUGAAGCUGCUAUCCUUGCAGCCAGGCGUGAUCUCAAAGAAAUUAGCAAAGAUGAGAUAUCUGAUGCACUGGAAAGAAUAAUUGCUGGACCCGAGAAGAAGAAUGCUGUUGUUUCAGAAGAAAAGAAGAAACUGGUUGCAUAUCAUGAGGCUGGACAUGCACUUGUUGGUGCACUUAUGCCAGAGUAUGAUCCUGUCGCUAAGAUCUCCAUUAUUCCUAGAGGUCAAGCUGGUGGGCUUACUUUCUUCGCGCCAAGUGAAGAGAGGCUUGAGUCUGGACUUUACAGCAGGAGCUACCUGGAAAACCAGAUGGCUGUUGCCCUUGGUGGAAGGGUAGCUGAGGAAGUGAUCUUUGGGGCAGAUAAUGUUACCACUGGAGCAUCAAAUGAUUUCAUGCAGGUUUCCCGAGUGGCAAGGCAGAUGGUGGAGAGAUUUGGAUUCAGCAAAAAGAUUGGACAAGUUGCGAUCGGCGGACCUGGUGGUAAUCCAUUCCUUGGUCAGCAGAUGUCAACCCAGAAGGACUAUUCCAUGGCAACAGCGGAUAUUGUGGACUCAGAAGUGAGGGAGCUGGUAGAAAAAUCUUAUUCAAGGGCAAAGCAAAUUAUCACCACCCAUAUUGACAUUCUUCAUAAACUUGCACAACUACUCAUUGAGAAGGAAUCCGUGGAUGGAGAGGAGUUCAUGAGCUUGUUCAUUGAUGGUAAAGCAGAACUGUAUGUUGCCUGAUUUCCCCAAGUUCUUUAUGAAUCGCUUAUAUGCUGAAAAUUUUUCUGAAGCGUGAUGUUCAGGAUACUAUGUAUAAAAAUAUCAAAAGAAGUUCAGAAGCUUAUGUUAUAGUUGAGGCAUUCUGUUAAUAGUUAAAAUUUUUCUUAUGGACUCCAGAAAUCAAUCCAAGUAUACUGCAUGAUGUUGACAACUUCUAAUA